AUGAAUUAUUCUCACUCACUUCAAGUAAUAACUGGAUAUCAAAUGUUUAAAUCCAGAUAUCAAAUGAAUAAAUACUUUCAACGAAAAAGGAACGUAGAUAGUGUUGAUGAGGGGGUAUCGAAUAAUGUGGAAGUUGAUGAGGGGUUAUCGAAUGAUGUGGAAGUUGAUGAGGGGUUAUCGAAUGAUGUGGAAUUUGAUGUCACAAAACUUCCAACUGACCCUGGUCUAAGGAUACCCAUUUUGGAUUACAAUGCUAACAUCCGAGAUGAAGUUCGAAGAGCAUAUAUGUUAAAGGGUCCUUGUCAGCCUCAAGAUCAUGACUUUCCAAAGCGACAAUUUGGAGUAACAAUUAGACGAUUCAAUCUUUCGUGGUUUAAAGAGUUCAGUAGUUGGUUUGUGUACAGUAUAAAGAAGGAUGCUGCUUAUUGUUUGUAUUGUUAUCUUUUCAGAACAAGAUCUGAAAAGCAAAGUGGAGGUGAGUCUUUUGUUGGCGAAUGUUUUACAUACUGGAAAGAUAAAAAAAUGCUUCAUACUCAUGUUGGGCUUCAUGAUAGUGCACAUAAUCAAGCUCGCAUUAAAUGUGAAGUGUUGAUGAAUCAAGAGCAACACAUUCAAUCAGUUUUCUACAAACAGUUAGAACAAGCAAGAAAUGCAUAUGUUACAUGCCUUAAUGCAUCCAUUGAUUGUGUUCGAGUUCUUUUGCGACAAGGGCACUCAUUUCGAGGUCAUGAUGAAUCUGAGGAUUCUCUCAAUCCAGGUAACUUCUUAGUGCAAUAUCAAUUUUUGGCUGUUCAUAAUGAAGUUAUCAGUGCCGUCACAUUGGGAAAUGCUCCUCACAAUUGCAAAUUGACAUCACAUGAUGUUCAAAAGGAUAUAGUAAAUGCUUGUGCUAUUGAAACGAUCAAUGUUAUUAUCAAAGAUGUUGGCGACUCGCUAUUUUCUAUUCUAGUUGAUGAAUCUUGUGAUGUGUCAAUGAAGGAGCAAAUGUCUAUUGUUUUACGUUAUGUAGACAAUAGUGGGCAUGUCAAUGAACGCUUCAUAGGGAUUGAACAUGUUACAAGUACCACGGCUCUAUCACUUAAGGCUGCAAUUGAUAAGGUAUUUUCUAGAUAUAACUUGAGUAUGUCUAGAUUGAGAGAACAAGGUUAUGAUGGAGCAAGUAAUAUGCAAGGUAAGUUUAAUGGUCUGAAAACACUCAUUUUGAAUGAGAGUCCAUGUGCCUUUUACAUUCACUGUUUUGCUCAUCAACUCCAACUUGCGCUUGUGGCUGUGGCAAAGAAGAACAUCCCUAUUACUAACUUCUUUGGUGUGGUUGGGAACGUAAUAAAUACUGUUGGAGCAUCUUCCAAACGAUGUGAUCUUCUUCGAGAAAAACAAUUAGACUUUAUUGUUGAGGCAUUGGAAAAAGGUGAGAUUUUAAGUGGACGGGGACUUAAUCAAGAAACGACCCUUCAGCGCUCUGGUGAUACACGAUGGAGUUCACAUUAUAAUUCUUUGGUCAACUUGUUUGCCAUGUUCUCUUCUGUUUUAGAUGUACUUGUAAUAAUUAUUGAAGAUGAGUCUUGUUCUUGUGAUCAAAGAUCUGAUGCAACAAAUUUAUUGGAGUUGAUACAAAGAUUUGAUUUUGCAUUUAAUCUACAGUUGAUGAGAAGUGUGUUGGGGAUUUCAAAUGAACUGUCAAAGGCAUUGUAA